GGGGGUGGCAACGAGUUGAGACCGAAAGAGUGGCGGGGCUUGCGGUAGGUGGGAAUUCGGAGGUGCUGGGCAGCUGUCCGUGGCUGGGUAUAGUUCCUUCCCUGCCAUGAGCGGUCCAGUGCGGACCGAGCCGCUGCACGGUGAGACCCCUCUGCUGGCGUCCAGCGACUCCUACUCGGUGGUGGUUCUGCUGCGCGGCUACGCGGAGCCGCAGGGGACCGGCGACGCGGUGCGUGCUGAUGGCACUGUGACCCUCGUCCUGCCCCGGGCCUGGGCCUCGGAUUCCAGCCGCCGAAGGUCCCAGUCCGCAGACGGCGGCGCGAAGACUGCCCUGGAGGAGGCGGUGCGUGGCCCCAUCCUCGUGGACACCGGGGGCCCCUGGGCUCGGGAGGCGCUGCUGGAAGCCCUGGCUAGGCAGGGCGUGGCCCCCGGAGACGUGACUCUGGUGGUGGGGACCCACGGGCACUCGGAUCACAUUGGGAACCUAGGGCUGUUUCCCCGGGCGGCUCUGUUAGUGUCCCAUGACUUCUGCCUUCCCGGGGGCCUCUAUCUGCCUCAUGGGCUGUGUGAAAUGCAGCCCUUGAUACUGGGCUCCGGACUGCAGGUGUGGGCCACGCCGGGCCACGGAGGACAGCGGGACGUGAGUGUCGUAGUGGAGGGCACCAGCCUGGGCACCGUGGUGGUGGCUGGUGAUGUGUUCGAGCGCCUUGGGGACGAGGACUCCUGGCAGGCCCUGAGCGAAGACCCGGUAGUUCAGCAGCGGAGCCGGGAGAGGAUCCUAUGUGUGGCCGAUGUGGUGGUACCUGGUCACGGAGCCCCCUUUCGGGUGGUCAGGGGAGCAGUGAAGAGUUCGGAGGAUUUGGUGUGUGAAGACAAGGAGGCUGCUUAACUGGACUCCUAUCAGGAAAGCCCCUCCAGCGAGGAACUGGAGUCAGGGAGACCCAGAGGACACAGAGCAAGCAAGACUUGUCACUUGUCACGUUCAGCUUUGCCAGGAGGCAGCUUCCAAGCAGGAUGGAGUGACUGACAUCAGCUACCUUUAUCACUAUCUGCAACCUAAGUAGGACCAAGGACUGGCUCAACUCUGCAUCUUCUGUGAGCCUCAGUAAAAUGCAGAAAAAAAUUUUUUUAAUUAAAAUAUUUAUGGGAUGUGUGUGUGUCCGUGAAGGACUGAAGGCAACUUGGAGGAGUCAGUCUCUCCACCCUGUGGGUCCCCAGGAUUAAGUUCAGGUCGUCAGGUUUGGUGGCAGGCACCUUUACCAUCUUGAUGAAUAUUCUUGUUAAGAUCUUCCAAAAUAAAAAAAGAGACUGGAAGACAUACUGUCCUGAUAUAAAUGCAAAAUACUGAUAGCAAUAAUCGUUGGGAUUGUAACCAGAAGCUGCAAGAGAGGAACAUUGUGGCCAAUGACUUGUUUCUCCCAGGAUGCACUCUGGUGAGAAGGUGCCAGACAUGGAGAUGAGAUGACCCCAUAGUCAGCUGACUACUUUUUUUUUUUUUUAAGACAGUCUCAUGUACUCCAGUCUGUCUUCAAAGCUGAGGUUGGCCUCGAACUCCUGAUUCUCCCAGGAUUACAGAAUUACAGGCAUGUGCAGCCCCACCUGGCUCUCACCUGACUUUAGUUCAUUCACUUACUCAGUGAAUUCACUCAUUGGAUAAUUAAUACCUGUAAUGUCUCAAGCACUGAUGCAGGUCACGUGAUACUUUGACACUGAGCAAAUGACAGAUUCCCUGCCUCACACAGAAGUCACAUUCUGUUCAGGAGACAGAUGAGUAACCACAAUAGUAGUAGCAACCAAAUAAUUAUAGGUUGUGGCUUGCAGUAUACACAUGCAGGAUGAGGACAAGAGAGAGCAGGGCUGGGGGAGACCGCUUGAUGUUAAGAGGUUAGGAAAAGCCUCUGAGUGAUGUUGCUUCUUUGUCUGUUUUUUACAUUCAUUUGUUUUGCAGGGUGUAUAUGCAUGAAUUUGAGCUAUGGCUUAAACAUGGAUGUCAGUUGUAUUUCUCCUUCAACCAUGUAGGUUCUGAGGGUCAAACUUAGGCCAUCAGGCUUGGCAGCAAACACCUUUAUGAACUGAGUCGUCUCUCUGCCCCCCCCCCCCUUUUAAAUUUUAACUUUCUCUUUUAAUAAGACAAUUGGGGUGGGGGAUCAAGCUUGAAACACAAUAACACUUAUUUUGGCAUGGCC